UAAUAGAGUUUUUUACUAACGGCGUUCCAUAGACGUGUAAAUAGCACGUCAUUAAUUAGGCACAUAAUUUAUCCAAAAUGAAUACCAUAGAAUGGAUUUUGAUACAAAUUAUACUUACAGUUAUGUUAGUGACAGGUGGAAGUGAAAGAGUGAAAAUGAGACUUGUACAGGAACCAUCAAAUUAUGGGUAUAACCAGCAAGCAAAUGAUGACAGCAUGAACUCAUUAAAACCUCGUGUCAAAGCAGCAAACUUUUCAGGUCCUCCACAUCUUCGACGGUUAAAAGGAAAAUGUUUUAGUCUUAUUCAAUCAUCGUAUAAAUAUGAAUUCUGUCCUUUUCAAAAUGUUACUCAACAUGAGCAAAGUUUGAGGUGGAACCCUUAUAGUGGUAUUUUAGGCAUAUGGCAAGAAUGGGAAAUACGUAACAACUCCUUCUAUGCCCUUAAGAUGAGGGAAGGUGAUGUUUGUGGUGAGCAUGGUCGGGAAGUUACGGUUAAGUUAGUUUGUGGAACAAAACACGAGUUGACAAGUGUUGAGGAGCCUGUUACCUGUAAAUAUGAAAUGCAAUUUAAGACGCCACUAGUUUGCCACAAACAUUCACUGCUAGUGUAUCCAACAUUAUCUGUGGAAUUGAGGAAUCAAUGGAAUGAGCUAGAAGGACAAUUACUUCAGGAGGAUGUUACACAAAAGGGAUACCAGAAGAGGUUAAAUGCUAUUUUCCAGGCAGCAGGGUUUGUUAUGGACAGUAAAGUACAUGAUGCAUUGAAAAUACAAAAUAAAGUCGAGAAUAAACGAGAGGAGCCUUCAGGUCGAUUUACAUCAUUGGAUUCUUGCAGUGAGGCAUAUACUAAACUUGAAAAGGAAGUAGAGAGGUUACAAGGACUAGUGGCUAAGAAUACAUAUGGCAAUUCAACUGUUGCUCAGCCAACCAAGUUACCUUGAAUCCGAUAGGUAAAACGACAUUCGCAAUACAUGCAGGGCAAUUAUCUUUCCAUGAUGGAGAACAUAAUGAAGAGUUUAUGUAUGACAACUACAACAUAUAAGAUAUGGAAUGGAAGCUGUAAUUAUCUACUAUGAAGUUUCUAAAGCAAUGUUCAGAUUGGAUUCAUUUUGGUCAAACAUACCAUGUAUGAAAAGACGUGCAAUGCAAACAACUGACUUAGCUUGCUCCUUAGUUAAACUAAGUUGUGCGCAGCAUGUUUAACAUUGCCCAGGAAGAAUAAUUGGGCGAUUUUUCCCAACAGAGAAGUCCAUUUUUUAAAUAAUGUGCUGUGUUUAUACUGAACAGGACAAAAAUUGUAUAAUGGUAAAACUUACCCAAUUCAAACAUAGCUUUAGAAUGAACACUUUGAUAGGACUUUAUUUGGUUAGCAGGGUGGUGGAUAACACGGUAAGGGUGGGUGGAGGGCCAUGAAAUUCAGCUUCAGACUGGGUGGAAAAUGUCAAGGUUGUGUGGCCCUGUCCAUCAUAACUACAUUCCUGGUUAGAAAUUACCAAGUGAAGGAGAAAAAAAGGUAAGACCUGAAAUGCUACACCGAAUUUGUUGAAUAAUGGGACAUACUGUAGCAUGUUUAUGUUCAUCUGAUGAACAUGGUUCGCAAUACCAAAUGGUAGCAGUUAUUGCAGUCCCAGCCCAACCUAAAGUGUUAUUUAAGUUACAGAUGAUGCCCUAUGCUGAGUGGGAAAGUGCGUUCAGGCAGACAUAUAGUAUCUGAGGCUUGCCAUUUAAAAAACCAGCAUACUGUGGCUAUGUUAAACUGAGUGCAUGAGAAUGUGUGCAUGUACUGUAUAAUUUUACUUCCUUAACUUUUGACAAUUAGUAAAUCAAUUCCUGUAAAUGACCUAUCAUUUUAAAGCUUAUAACAUGAAGAACAUGAAUACUGUAUGUAAAUGACCUAUCAUUUUAAAGCUUAUAACAUGAACAUGAAUACUGUAUGUAAAUGACCUAUCAUUUUAAAGCUUAUAACAUGAAGAACAUGAAUACUGUAUGUAAAUGACCUAUCAUUUUAAAGCUUACAACAUGAAGAACAUGAAUACUGUAUUUAAAUGACCUAUCAUUUUAAAGCUUAUAACAUGAAGAACAUGAAUACUGUAUGAAAAUGACCUAUCAUUUUAAAGCUUAUAACAUGAAGAACAUGAAUACUGUAUAUUGACAUCAAUUUAGUUGUUUUAAUCACUGAUGCUGGUUUUUGCACCACAAUACGAAUAAACAUUUUGUGUUGAGUUUUAUUA